GCUUAGUAGCAGGGAUGAUGUUUUGUGUAGGUUGGGUUGGGCUUGCAGAUUCGUUUUGCCGAUUGCGGUACGACGACCACGAAUGUUCCAAUCGUAACUCAGACGUCCCUUUAAAAGCUACUCCAAGUUUUAUGCCAGACAGUCAUGGCCGGUGCCUCGUGCAGUGAUGUUGUGCAGCUCAGUCGAGCGGAGAGGCCCUGGAGGCCGCGUCGUCGCCGAGACGUAGGGGGGGAGGAGACGGACCCGGAGGAACGACAAACACAGGAGAUUCUGGGCCGCGUGCGGAGCGUGCUCAAUAAGCUCACACCGGAGAUGUUCCAGCGGGUUAUGAAGGAGAUGGCCAAGAUCCCAAUCCAAUCUGAGCGCCAUCUUACAGCUGUGGUUGAGAUGGUGAUCAAGAGGGCCAUCUCAGAGCCAAAGUUUAGUGUGCCUAUUGCCAACAUGUGUCGCUGCUUAAUGGGGCUGAAAGUGCCCUUUGAACAUAAGCCUGGCCUUACAGUGAACUUCCGGAAACUUCUGCUAAACCGCUGCCAGAAAGAGUUUGAGAGGGGCUUGGAGAUCUUAAAAACGAAGAACAAUGAGCUUGUGACUUUCUGUGGGGAACAACAGCAGUGUUUUAAGGACACUGACAUCCAAGAACGGAUGGUGGGCAUUGUAAAGUUCAUUGGUGAGCUGUUUAAGCUGAAAAUGCUUGCUGAGGCCAUCAUGCAUGAAUGCAUUGAUAAAAUGCUGAAUUUGCAUGGUGAGGAGAGACUUGUGUGCCUCUGUGUGGUUCUUUCUGUCAUCGGUAAGGAUCUAGACAUUGGGAAGGCCAAGCCUUGUAUGGAUCAGUAUUUCAACAAGAUAAAUAACAUCAUAAAGGAAAGGCAAACUUCCAACAGGACAUGUUUCAUGCUGCAAGAUGUGAUUGACCUGAGACAGGCACACUGGGUUAGUAGGCAUGGUGAUCCUGGUCCACAAACCAUUACUAAUAUCCGUAAGCAGGCGAUGGAGGAAAAGAUGGGGACCAACAGACGACCCAAGAGGAGUGUACCUGAAGCUUUUCUCAACUUCCAGACACUGCCAGUGGCAGCACACCAAGAAACCAAGACACACACAGGUUUCAGACUCAGCCAGAUCUCAAGGUUCAUACCUCCUGUACCUGCAAUAAAAUCAUCACUACCCCCAAGGGUAGCACCACUACCAGCACCUACAGAAGCACCACCACCACCUACAGCAGUAGCAACACCAGCAGCAGCAGCACCACCAACACCUACAGCAGUAGCACCACCACCACCAGCAGCAGCACCACCAACACCUUCAGCAGUAGCACCAUCACCAGAAGCAGUAACACCAAUUGCAGCGCCACCACCUACAGCAGCAGGGGCAGCCCCACCAGCACCUACAGCAGUAGCACCACCACCAGCACCUACAGCAGUAGCACCACCACCAGCACCUACAGCAGUAGCAGCAGCAAUAGCAGCAGCAGUAGCAGCAGCCCCACCAGCACCUACAGCAGUAGCACCACCACCAGCACCUACAGCAGUAGCACCACCACCAGCACCUACAGCAGUAGCAGCAGCAAUAGCAGCAGCAGUAGCAGCAGCCCCACCAGCACCUACAGCAGUAGCACCACCACCAGCACCUACAGCAGUAGCACCACCACCAGCACCUACAGCAGUAGCAGCAGCAAUAGCAGCAGCAGUAGCAGCAGCCCCACCAGCACCUACAGCAGUAGCACCACCACCAGCACCUACAGCAGUAGCACCACCACCAGCACCUACAGCAGUAGCAGCAGCAAUAGCAGCAGCAGUAGCAGCAGCCCCACCAGCACCUACAGCAGUAACACCACCACCAGCACCUACAGCAGUAGCACCAUCAGCAGCAGCAGCAUCACCAGGAGCACCAACAGCAGCAGCAGCAGCAGAAGCAGGAGCAGCAGGAGUGUGGUGGGUGUCCCCCCUGGAGGACGACCUGUCCUGCCCCGUGUGCUGUGACAUCUACACGGACCCCGUGGUGCUGCCCUGCAGCCACAGUUUCUGCAGGCCGUGCCUGGAGCGGAGCUGGAGGGAGGACAGCGUCCGGCAGGAGUGUCUCAUCUGCAGGCAGAAGACCUCCGCCCACAACCCCACCCCCAACCGGGCCCUGAGGAACGUCUGCGAGGCCUACCUGAAGGAGAGGAGCGCCGGGACCGCGCCAACCGAAUCUGAGACGCAUUUAGCCCAGGUUCUAUGUCCAGUGCACGAGGAGAAGCUCCAGUUCUACUGUCAGGAUGAGGAGCAGCUGGUGUGUGUGGAGUGUGUGACUCAGGAACACAAGACGCACUCCGUCUGCUCCACCAAGAAAGCCGCACAUGAACGCAAGGAUGAGCUGAAAUCUCUAAUAAAAUCACUAGAGGAUGAUGUGAAAAAAAAUAAGACUUUACUUGAAGGAGUAAUGGCACACAUCAAGGCCCAGGCAGUGCAGACGGAGGCGCAGAUAAAGGAGGAGUUUGAGAAGCUCCAUCAGUUCCUGAGGAGAGAGGAGGAGGCGCGCAUAGCAGCCCUGAGGCAGGAGGAGAGGGACAAGACUGCCCACCUGGAGGAGAAGAUGGAGGCCAUUGAGAGGGUGAUCUUGUCCUUCUCUGAAAGGAUGAAGCCCAUUGAGAAGUUGAUGGAGACGGACGAGGUCUCCUUCCUACAGACAUUUUCAGAAACAAAAGAAAGAACUCAUGAGGCCUUCCUGCAUCCUCAGCCAGGGUUCUGGCAGCUGCUGGACGUGUCCAAGUAUCUGGACAAGCUGAGCUACAGAGUCUGGGACAGAAUGGAGGAGAUGGUAGCACACAGUGCCGUCAUGGUGGGUUCUUCAGACACUUUGCAGUUCCACCCAGUGAUACCUGUUCCCGAGCACCUGGAACGCUUCGCAGCUGGUCUAGAUGCUUCUGGAUUAUGGGAUGUAGGAGCGGUCUGGGGACAAGCCAGUGUGGACCACAGCGGUUUCUGAUGGCAGAAGGGUUCAGGUCCACUUACAGGCUAGAGAUGGAUGAUGAUUGGUGAUGAGAACAGGACGACUGCACUUUUGAUUGGAUGCUUUUUUUUUCAGUCCAAGAACAUAGAUAGAUAUAGAUAGAUAGAUAGAUAGAUAGAUAGAUAGAUACUUUAUUGGUCCCCAAGGGGAAAUUCAAGAUGUUCAAGAAAUUAAUGGUCCCUGCAUUGCACAACUCUGAUAUGGUGUAUGGCUUUAAAGAGACCCUAUGCAACUUUCUGCAGGAAACAUGCCAUGGCAUGCUUCAAACUGUAGUAUGCGCGGAGAGCAAUAUCUCCAAUACAAAAUCAGACGAAAUGUUACUUUUGUCGAGAAACAGGAUUUUUGUCAAUAUUAACCCUGGUAAUAGUACAGUUCACCACUUAUGAGUAUUUUCAAUCAAUCAACAGCUCAAAACACCUAUUUUAGGGUGCAGUGACUCUUUAAUGUUCACGUCACUAUUUGCAUGAGCCACGACUGAAAAGACUUCCGAUAAUAUCAAACAUGUUUGAUAUUGUCGUAACGGCAAACGAUUUUGGAAAUGUAGUCGCCGACUGUUAAAACAGACCAAAAUCAUGCAAUGUAAGCCAGCCUUAAGCCAACAUGGUCUCACACCCAACUCGUCGAACGAGGACGCAUGCAGCCGUGAACGUCACUGCUGUUCAUCUGUCAAUCAUCACGUAAAGCUCGCCCUGACAAUGUGAUUGGUCCGAACAGAUCUGUAUCUCGAAUAGUAGCAGCUGAACGGAGCAGUGCCAGACCGAAGUUCCCUGCAGAAAAAGAGUCACCUGAAAUGGUCUUCCAACAGUCUUGAAGGAGUUCCCAGAGAUGCUUAGCACUUGUUGGCCCUUUUGCCUUCACUCUGCAGUCCACACGGUGGUUGGAACCAAAGGUCUCCGAUUUUGACUCAUCAGACCAAAGCACAGAUUUCCACUGGUCUAAUGUCCAUUCCUUGCGUUCUUUAGCCCAAACAAGUCUCUUCUGCUUGUUGCCUGUCCUUAGCAGUGGUUUCCUAGCAGCUAUCCUACCAUGAAGGCCUGAUUCAGGCAGUCUCGUCUUAACAGUUGUUCUAGAGAUGUGUCUGCUGCUAGAACUGUGUGGCAUUGACCUGGUCUCUAAUCUGAGCUGCUGUUAACGCGCGAUUUCUGAGGCUGGUGACUCGGAUGAACUUAUCCUCCGCAGCAGAGGUGACUCUUGGUCUUCCUUUCCUGGGAUGGCCAGUUUCUUUGUAGCGCUUGAUGGUUUUUGCGACUGCACUUGGGGACACUUUCAAAGUUUUCCCAAUUUUUUGAACUGACUGGCCUUCAUUUCUUAAAGAAAUGAUGGCCACUCGUUUUUCUUUACUUAGCUGCUUUUUUUCUUGCCAUAAUACAAAUUCUAACAGUCUAUUCAGUAGGACUAUCAGCUGUGUAUCACCCCUGACUUCUGCACAACACAACUGAUUCCCAACCCCAUUUAUAAGGCAAUAAAUCACACUUAUUAAACCUGACAGGGCACACAUGUGAAGUGAAAACCAUUUCAGGUGACUACCUCUUGAAGCUCAUCCAGAGAAUGCAGUGUGUGCAAAGCAGUAAUCAGAGCAAAGGUGGCUACUUUGAAGAAACUAGAAUAUAAGGCAUAUUUUCAGUUGUUUUACACUUUUUUGUUUUCCACAUGUGUUAAUUCAUAGUUUGAUGCCUUCAGUGUGAGUCUACAAUGUCAAUAG